AUGAAACGAAUCAUUGGUGCACUCGACGAGCUCAAUGACGUGGAACGACUGAUCGCUUUUUGCAGAAUGGAGGUACCUGAAUUUGCGAAUGAAAGCAACUUUCAAGAUGCUCGCUCGUUAUUUAAGGAGCUAGAAAAUCUCAACUGUCUAGGAAUUGAUUGUUUUGGUGUGCUGAAGGAAAUUUUGACCAAAACGGAGCAAAGGGGUUUGCUUGGGGAGGUUCAGGUGAUGGAGAGACGGCCAAAUCGGAAAGAAGACUUUGAAACUCGAAAAGGUAUUACAUCAGUUGUUGUCCGAUUCAGGUUGCUUUUAUGUUCUUUAUAUCCCCCAUUCCCUAGUCAGAGAGGGGUGAAUUUGAGUAGCUAUCAUUGGUUUUAAUAACAUUUUUGUCUGAUAUGUUUUAGCACAAGUAGCUGCUUUUAUGUCGUCGGUUGGAAAUAGACUGACUGGAGGUAAGUGUCCUAUAGCUAUUGAUUUCUUUGUUUGAAUAACGAGUCCUUUACAUCCGUAGUCAUAGUUAGCACAGGAGACUUUACUCUUUAACUUAUGCCCAGUUCAAACGUCGGAUUUUUUUUAGUCGUCUAAAAUACCUUAUUACAAGAAAUUUUCGCGACACGUUAAUCUCGCGAAUUUCGCGAUACAAAAAAAACUAUAACGAAAUUAAAGUGACGCGAACAAUGAGUGUCGUAAACAUAGCAUGACGCGAAAAUUAAGUGACUUACAUUAUGUCCAUAAUCAAGAAAGAACUAGUUUAUUACCACUGAAACGUCUACAAAUCACAUUAUUUACUUUUCUGAGGAAUUUACAGUUUAAAUGGAUGUUGUGGUCAAUUGACUUAAGAACAAUAAUUGCGUACAAGCAUGAACGGGUGAGGACAAAACAUGGACCAGGGGUCCAUGGACCCCCUCUUUGGACCGGGUCCAUGGACCCCCUGUCAUGGACCAGGUCCAUGGACAGUUUUUUUUUUAUUUUUAUAAGAAUGUUUUGGACCAGGUCCAUGGACACUCAAAAACAGAAAUAGUACCAAAAAAAGAUUUGACGAGACGCUGUCGACCAAUGCUCACGAUUGAUCACAAAUAUUUAGUUGUCCUUACAUGACAUACACUCUGCUUGCACAUGUGCAGUCGCAAGACUGAUUCAAAAGUUAUCACCAAGAGAGGAAUUACGCGCUUCAGUACAAAGACUCGCAUCACCCUUAGAAAAACAAGCUGGAGUUAAGAAUUCAUUGCUUUUAGAGUAAUCAUGACUGAGUCACAUCGAAAUUCUCCAUAGUUGAUGUAGCUUCAGUUUAAGCUACAAUCCAUGCCACUUCUUCUUCUUCAAGAUCUGGAUCUGUAAAUCACUAUCCUUGAGAAUUUAUAAUCGUCCUGCUAAAAGCCCUAAGGAGCUGGGCCCAGCGUGACAAAACAUUGCAGAAAAAAGUGGCAUUCAUGGACAAAACGAAAGUGGCUUAGAAUUAUUCAGAUCCAGGAUGCACUUUGGAGAAAUUAAACAUCCUAAAACCCUUUUGAUCAGCCGCAAUGAACAGCUUUACAUUUUAAAAGAGGUAGAAAAUCAAUAUGUGUGUCACGACCUCUCGGUAUGAAAUAAGCGACAAAAAUUCACCUUUGCUCAGUCAAAAGGUUUUCCUCCGAAGCAUAAUCUACCCAUCAGAGAAAACAAUUCAUUGGAACAAGCAGCAUUUUGGCAUAAGGUACCGACCCCUCCUUUUUUUACACUAUGUAAGCACAAUUAAACAUUGCUGAUCAAUCGAAUAUUGUUUGUUGUUGUUGUUGUUGUUUUUUAACCUUAUUUUUGCACCAUUUCUGUUUUUGUUCAUUUCUCAUUAUUAAAAAAACUGUCCAUGGACCCGUUCCUCGACAGGGGGUCCAUGGACCCGGUCCAAAGUGGUGGUCCAUGGACCCCUGGUCCAUGUUUUGUCCUCACCCAGCAUGAACUGCUUGUGGACAUUGUGAGAACUGCUUUGUUGUUACUGUUGACAUUUAGUCCCGCUGUUGCCUUUUUCUUCUUAUUAAAUUGUUCCUUUGAUAAAUUUAGAAAUUUGGGAUUGGGACUUCUUUAAUUUGGCAAAGAUUUUGCAAAGAUUUUCUCCGUAAAGGCUAGAACUUGUUUCUGUAGCCUACGAAUGUUAAAUUAUUUAAAUGAAAAUCGGCUACCCUCGCUUAAGUUGUGUGUUUCUUCUUUCCUUGGUGGGUUCCGAGUCGAUUUAUGGCCAUUUAAUGGGUGUUAUUGGAACCGGUUUGCUCUCUUUAUAGUCUUUAUAAUCCUUUCCCAAGGUUGGGUACCGGAGCGAAGCAGUCGAAAGGAUCCACUAAAGGAAAACAGCUGUAAAUUCGCUCUAAAGGUUACAGUCGCGUUCAUAUUCCGCCUAUAUCCCAGAAGAUAGUCCUGCUUUCCAUUCGUGAUAUUUGUUCAAGAAGCGUUUGCGCAUUUGCCGAUGCUCAUAUUUCCAGCUUGAGCCACCUGUGGUACAAGAAGUUCAAGUCAUGCAGCCAAGGAUCGAAAACAAGUCCGACCUUCCAGCUGGUGAAUAAACCAUCCUAGAUCGGUCCAUUCAAAAUUUUACAGUCGUGAUUUAUUAAUACAGUCUAUUAUCUAUCUCCUGCUAUUAUUUAUUACUCAAUAAUAAUAAUAGUGGGAGGGGAGGGGGGCUUAUUAACUUUAAUACAUACUAAUGUCUGGGCGCUUUCUACCGCAGCUAUUUUUACACCCCAUCUUUCCUACGCUCGGUCAUGCUUCUGUCCCAAGAGUAUACGUAGUUAGUCAUAAAGAACCGUUAUGUACUUCAAAAUUUCUUUAUGUAUACCAUAAUUAUUACAUUCUCAGUGGAGUUUUUAUCAAUAAAUAAUAAAUAGCUCCUGGUGGCUACGCAGUUAUUUUUCGUGACAAAAUGAAUACCCUAAUUUAAGAACUGCAUAGUGUGCAUGGACGUAGACUGGAUAAAACUAGGUAUUUCACUGCAGUUUUCAGUACUCAUUGCUGAGAAAGCAUAAUCCUCUCUUGUCAUUGAAUCAAGUGUACGAUAUGAGGCAAACCGUCGAGUAACCCGAAUAGAAAUUUUAUUAUUAACUAUAAUUUAAUUAUGCUAUAAGUUUUUCUCCCCUUGUCUCUCUUUUUUUAUUAAAACGAACUUAAAAGAGUAUUAGGGGCUAACUGGAAAACCUCACGUACGGUUCCUUUAGCCUCUAGGCUCCAAAUAAUUAAUUACUAUUCCUUGUUAUCCCAUUGUAAAUGUGUAAUGUAUCUAACAUUUAGGUGCGAGUAAAUAAGGAUUGUUGUUGUCGUUGUUAUGAAGCAUCGCUAUUACAUAAAUUACUUCAUUUUGUUGUUUGUUUCAGUUUUGACGAUCAAGACGGUAGUUAAAGUGGUUGCAGGUGGUAUUUCAGUAGCCUCUGUAUUGGAGGUAUUAAAACGCGAAUCUACAUUUGAUCAGCUCGUUUCUGCAGUUAAUGAAUGCGUGCUCCCUGCUGGCACCAGCCUGAUCCAAAUAACCGAGGGCUGCAUCUGCCUCACAGUUCGAGCUGAAAAUCUUUCAUCGCUUGAAACUUUGUGGAGUUUGUAUAAGGAUGGCACGCUCAAAGCACGGCUUCAAGACUUCUUUGUCACUGAAGAAGUACUCGAAGAACUUGCCGGUGGGGAGAAAUUGGAGGUGAUUGUGACCAUUGAGGAAGGAGAGUACCAGAAAGCUCUUCAUGAGCUGUCCAGUGAAAUUGGAGGUAACUUAUUCAGUAAUGACCAUCCCGCCUCCAUUUUUUAUAACAACAAAAGUUUCGAAGAUUUUGUUUCCAAACCGUCCACAAUAAAAUUAAAGUCAACCCAAUCAUUUGUUCACUCCUCGGGGUCAGGUUCCUUUUUCCAUUUAUCUCCACUUUUUGGAUUUUGCAAGCCGCAUGAAAAAAUGAAGUGGGCUGGACAUUGGGCGCGUCUCUCUACUUCGAGAUCGAUAUUUUUUAAAGACCGUUUUAAAUACUUUUCUACAACUCAUCUCGUAAAAGUGCUACCCUUUUAUAUACCUAAUCCGAUGAAAGCUGCUUUUUGCCAUUGGUCACUGGGAAUUGGGCAUGAGGGCAUUAGGAGGGUGCUAAUGGGGGUACUAAAUUCUCAGUUAACUACUGAUUUUUCGGCCAAAUAUCAGUUAACUACUAUUUUUUUGGCCAAUUCUCAGUUAACUACUAAUUUUGGUUAGCUAUUAUCUUUACAGCAAAUAUCAUUCUGUCAUAAGCCGAAUUUUCUUUACUUCAGCACGUCAAUCACUUUUGGGGGUAGGUCCUUCUACUUUACUACUAGUAAAAUAUGGAAAAGAACAUAAUUAUCUAACCGAAGUAGCAAAAAUGGGUAAGCGAUAGCUAUUAAGACUUGCCGUUAGUACAAAUUAGAUCCAAGUCGUAUAUAACUAUCAAUAUGACGGAAGCCUCAUAGGUCCAGACGCAUCAGUGAUGAUCUCGUACUGAUCUUUCCCGAACUGGUCAUGCAUGUCUUGCCAGAAACUACUUCAAAGUCACCAUCUUCGUGACUUUUAUUAUCUGAAUCAGUCACGUACUUGUCUGGUUGAAAUUACUGUAUGUGUUCCAUAUGUUGUUGUUGGCCUAAGUUUCAAUCCAUUUUUAAUCCUGUCAAUCCAUUGCAACAGACGACAGGAAACCAUAUCAGUGCCAAAAUAGUCUUCAAUAACAAUACUGGACCAUCGUUUUUAGAAUUCAAUUGAUGUAAAAAAAAGUUUUAGGUUUUAGAAAGAUAGCAAAUAGUAUGUUAUAGUCCCGUGACACUGGUGGUAAACAUCCCGCUUUAUCUUGAGUUGAUUUCGCCUCUUAUAGUUCGUUGUCAAACAGGUCGAAAGUUCUCUAUCCAGUUCACCCCAACCCAACUUCAUCUUCGUUUGUCACUGUUUGCACCGAUGGGAGAGACAUAUUUGAGAGUGCUAACAAAGGCAUGGAAGUAUUUGACAUGUGACAAUUCGACUUUUCGUGAAUGUAGGCCACUUUGAAUUCGUAGUUCUUUUAAGCGAUCCCUUCACUCUAUUUCUUGUCUUUCUUUUGGCGGGCAAAUCGUGCAUAUUAAUGAGGGCAAAGACAAACUAGCUCUUUUUAGCACGAAAUACAAUGUUUUACUUACCCCACACCCCUCUUAUUCUUCCGCAAUUGAUUUAUUUUCCCUUUUUGAUUUUACUCUUUAUUUUUAAUUUUCAUCCACGACCACAUCUACCGUACAUCGAUCCCACAUCGACCCUAGGUGGACUCCCACCCUUUUUUUUUCCACCACUACAUUUCUAUUGUUUUCCACCACCACCACCACGACCACAGACGUUUAUCGACCUUAAAGUAACUAGAAAUCCUAAACCAACUAAAAAUAGCACAGAACCUUAUCUUAAUGAGAUUCCUGCGCAUUUUAUUCAUGAGAUCAAGACAAUAACCUAUGACGUCAUCUAGUUAAUGUAUUCCUGCGCACGCUAAUGAGAUUCCUGCGCAAAAAAGGGGACUAACCGGUCCCUCCUAUACUACUAACCACGUGUAGGUUUUCCACCUGCGUUGUCAGAAGUUUUUUGUUCCUCUAUACAGACUUUGUCGACAUCCUUGUUCGCAUCCCUCAAUGUUAUCUUUUUCGCAGACGUACCUUCUUCGCCCGUUUCAAAAGCGUCAUAAAGAUAUCCAAAGGUUUCAGGAAAUGAAACUGUUUUAGAAAGACCGGUUUAAACACGAGCUUAAUAGUCUCAAUAGUUGGAACUGAAACAUCAGUUAUGUACUUAAAUGAAAGAUGCUGAUUUCGUUGAGUCAUCAGAAAUUAUUUUUGGCCAGAUCCAAUGCUAAGAGUCACAGCUUUUUUCUUUGGUAGUAAUGUUUAACUUGACGUCCUUUUGGGUCCGUGACAACAGUAUUUCCCUAUCCGAACACAGAAAUCUUGUUAAUAUGAGAUUUACGAAUUAUUCGUUGAGUUGUCUAAAACCAGCUCUAUGACAGACGCUUUCUGUAAUGUGCCUUUGCACAUAAGAUCAGAUCAGUUAAUGUGCCACCGGGUCAUCAACGGAACAGAAAAAAGUCAGAAAAUAGCAUUUCUGUUUGCAAAAUGUUUGCAAAACUUUGUUGUUUCAUUAACAUCAACGAUCGCUUUCAGUAUAAUUAAAAGAAUGUCACUUAACUGUUAACUUUUCAUCUCUCAGUUAACUACUAAUUUUUUGGCCAAAUAUCAGUUAACUGCUAACCCCAUUGGCACCCUCCAUUAGGCAUACGGAACUCACUGCAAUAAUUUGCUUGAGAGACAAGCAAUAGCUUCCCAGUGCAAAUUCCCAAUGCCCAAAUUAACCUUCAUUGAAUCAGCUAUUUAACAAUCAUUCUUCGAGCCAGAAUGGGCUCUGAGCAAUAGCCUAUGAGGCCGAAGGCCGAAUGGGCUAUUGACUCAGAGGCCAUGAGGGCGAGUGGAAUAAUUGUUUUAGUAAAAUCUAACUAGUUUGUCAAAAAUAUCGAGAAUAAAAAAAAAUUUAGCUCGUUAAAGCUAUACUUUAAUCCUUUUUUGCCGCCAUAAAGCCAGCGCUUUUCGCUACUAGAGGGCUAUAACAUAUAGCCUAGUAGUGGCUCAACCAAUCAGAAUGCAGCAUUGAUAAUAGAUCACUAGCUGGAUUUUACUAAAUACCGUUAGUCUGAGAAAAAGAUAUCUUCUUUCAGCCGGAGCACAUGAUCCAAUUAUAUACCGUUAUUGACCAGGCUUGUUCGGUCAAGAUAGCGGGAUAUUCGCCUAUAAAAAUGCUGCAAAGAACGAGACCAGUAUCCAGCCAUCUUGACCAAGCAAGCGUGGUCAAUGAAGAAUUUAUUAUAAGGUCAAAAAGAGAACGUGAAAUCCCUAGUAGACAAGAUGGGCCCACCCGCACCCUGCUCACUGCAGUUGAUGAUUCAUGCCACCUACCCUCACAACUGUGUUUUGUGUAACCGGUUGUCUCGUUUUGUUUAGAAGACCCUGAUAGUUGUGUAGAGGCGAAACCAAUAAGAAUUCACCGAUCAUAUUCUGAUUCUAACCUGUACUGCAAGACGAUGGUUAGUGAAGGUUCGAGGCAAGCACCUGAUAUAACAGAGAGGCGCUCUAUCAAUCAGUCCAGAUACUUGGAUCAAGAAAGACUUGCUUUCGUUCAGAGUUACCUGGAAAACGCCGAAGAUGCGAGGAGUAUGACAACUGAAACAAGUGACAGUGGGGUACCGGGUACACGUGGUACGCCUUCUGAGUUUGGACUGGAGGACACGAGCUGUAAGUCAGUAAAUACCUUAUAAACGGUUACGUUCGCUGCUUAUUAUCUUCACUACGUAUCAGAAAGUAUUGAGUAAGUUAUUGUCACAUCACACAAAUUAUUGUUGGAAAUCCCCUUCUGUCCUGUAAGAACCAGGUCUCCGCAGGAAGAGAAGUGUAUCCAUUUAGUGUGUCUCCGUGUUCUAAAUGUUCCCACACUCCUGUCAAACCGCAUAGGUUUUAGUAUUUUGACUCGGCCUACUUUCUGUAAGACACGACUGCCAAGCAUCAUACUCGACCCAAACAGUGAAUGGAAAAUUGCGACCGGCGCAAUCACUAUAUAAACCGGCCGGUAGGAAUUUGCGAACUAGUUUUGUACCAGGCUCCUGUUUUGUACCCUGUUCAUAAAACGUUUACUCGCAGUGGACCUCCUUUCUGGCUCAUAUCACUUCAGACUGUCAAAAUGCUGAUAUCUCACAUACGUUGCGGUGAGCAUAUUAAGGGUAGGUCAUCAGUAAAGUGAAAGGGCGGGUUGGGGUUUGGGUGGGUGGUGAUUUUCUGCUUUGCAUAUGAUAUGUGUUUUUGUUCCCCAUGUGUGCAUGUUUUUUUUUCUAAGAUGGUAUAUAUUUUUUCUGCCUGUUCCCGCUGAAUCGAUUGUUCUUUUUUUUCACUUGUUUGUUUCAUGUAUGGAGUACUCCCACCCGCGUUUCGUUUUAAAAAUUAUAGCGUCUUUGUUUCUUUGUUUGUUAGACUCCCCUUAUAAACCUUACCUGAAAGAUCUUUCAAAGAAAGUGACUACAGAAUUGAAGUGCAGACUUGAAAAAGACCCACUGGCUUUAAAGUGGUUUUAUGAAUCAUUCGGGCUCUCUGCUACAUAUACCGUAUCAGAUAUAUUGGAGAACAUCAGUGAAUUGUUCCCCGACACUCCUCUAAAAUUACUGAAAGACGUGUUUCAAGCCCUGGAACUGCAUGACCUCGUAGAAAUCUUGGAAAAGCUAAAACCACGUACGCUUCGUCCUACUCUUCCACUCAACGAGAUUAAAAAAAUGAGCAAUGCCAGCAAUCGUCCGACAAGGUAUUACAAUCAAGUAGCGGUGUUGAUAAUCGAUACUGGAACAGGUCGAGGCCACAGCAAAACUGGAAUUAGAAUUGGGUCAUUUUUUAAAGAGUUUAAUUCGCGAAGCAGAGUAUCUACACUGACGACAACAUUGCCACGAUCAUUCGACGUUAUACGUCGUUGGCGAGAUACACAAUUCAGGUUAGACCAUGGUUUUGGAGUCGAAGAGAGACAGAGAAAAAUUGAACGAGCCUUCAAAGAUGAACUGGAACUUGCAUUAAAAGAUUUGGAAAGCAUAUCUCUUGGUAACUACUCCGCAGACUUAGAGAGGCAGCUCAGGACGGAGGAAUUGGAGACGAGAAAGGAAUUGGAGGAGUACACAGAAAUGAGAAAAAUGAAGAAGAAAGACAAAAAACUGGCCAUUCAGAAGAAGAUAAACCAGACGAGGGAAGAACAACAGGAGAAGAAGGGAAAAUUCCAAAUAAUUUUAGAAGAAUGGGUAUUACUCUGUAAAGGUUGGAUAAUUAAAUGA